AUGCUAAAAGCGACAAGUAAAAGUGAAAAUUUAUUUUUAGUAUAGUGGACAAGUAAAAGUAAACGGAGGGAGUACUUUCUAACUGCUGCUUAUUGCAGGAAACAUUGAUGAACUAAACAUAUUCGUUGUGCAGGCAAUCCAAGAUGGAUUCACACAAGGAAGGUGAUAGAGGUUCAGGAAAGCAGAAGAAGGUCAAAAUUGUUUUUGUUAUAGGUGGUCCAGGGAGCGGUAAAGGAACGCAAUGCAAAAGAAUAGCACAACAGUUUGGCUACACUCAUCUUAGUGUUGGUGAGCUUCUACGUCAAGAAAUCAAUUCUGGUUCUAAAACUGGCUCCAUGAUUCAGAAAAUUAUGAAGGAGGGGAAGCUUGUUCCUGCAGAUGUAACCGUGAGGCUUCUUCAACAAGCCAUGCAAGAAAUGGAUAGUGACAAAUUCCUUAUUGACGGCUUCCCCCGGAAUGAAGAGAAUGUGAAAACAUUUGAGAAUUUUACAAAAAUGGAGCCUGAGUUUGUCCUUUACCUAGAUUGUCCACAAGACGAAAUGGAGAGGCGCUUGCUAUCAAGAAAUGAGGGAAGAGAGGAUGAUAACAUCGAGACAAUAAGGAAGCGAUUUAAAGUUUUUAUGGAGUCAACUCUCCCUACAGUUGAAUACUAUGAAUCAAAGGGGAAAGUUAGGAAGGUUGAUGCUGGAAAAUCUAUUGAUGAAGUUUUUGAGUCCAUCAAAUCCAUUUUCUCACCAGAAAAAGAUUAUAAGGUGCCACCAAGUACACACAACUGCGAAUGCUGCUUGAUACUUUGAAUGGAUGAUCCUCAAAGCUUGAUAGUGUACAUAAAUAUCUUUACUGCCAGAUUAACUUACAGAUACUAUUCGUGUGCUUUAACUUUUUGCAAUAGGUCAUGUCCCUUAUAUUCCAGGUUAUGAAUCCACUUAUCAUCGACGGUUACCUAUAGUUAUCUUUUUGGGGAUCUGACCAUGUAAAAAUUUAUACCGUCAGUUUAUAUGCUAAACUCUAUAUCGUGUGAUAUCUACCGUUUCUUGUUAAUGUGUGAUAAGAAUCAUUUCUAACCA